ACUAUUCUUCCAGAUAUCUUAUCAAGCAUAGUUGUACAUGGUUUGGCUGUAGUUGGAAACAUAAAAUUGUUUUUGCUGUUAUAAUACAUAAGGCAUUUUUUUUUUCUCUUCUAGUAUUGCUGUCCAGACAUGAUAAAUAACUUUUUGGGAUUGACUAAAACAGACAAUUUAAAUUCAGCAAAUGAAGCUAAGACUCUUGAUUCAGAGAAAGGAAAAUUGAUAAUGUUAGUUAAUGACUUUUAUUAUGGAAAACAUGAAGGAGACGUCCAGGAAGAACAGAAGACUCAUACAACCUUUAAGUGCUUCAGUUGCUUGAAAGUUCUCAAAAAUAAUAUUAGGUUUAUGAACCACAUGAAACACCAUUUGGAACUGGAGAAACAGAGCAGUGAGAGCUGGGAAAAGCACACUACUUGCCAGCACUGCUAUCGGCAGUUCCCCACGCCUUUCCAGCUGCAGUGCCACAUUGAGAGCACGCACACGCCUCAUGAGUUCUCAACCAUUUGUAAAAUCUGCGAGCUAUCGUUUGAAACUGAACAGAUUCUUUUACAGCAUAUGAAGGAUAAUCAUAAACCUGGUGAAAUGCCAUACAUCUGCCAGGUUUGCAAUUACAGAUCAUCGUUAUUUUCUGAGGUAGAGUCUCAUUUUAGAACAUCGCAUGAAAACACUAAGAAUUUGCUAUGUCCAUUCUGCCUCAAAGUUAUUAAAAUCGCCACACCCUAUAUGCAUCAUUACAUGAAGCAUCAGAAAAAGGGAAUACAUCGUUGCACCAAAUGCAGGCUGCAGUUUUUGACAUGCAAAGAGAAAAUGGAUCACAAGACUCAGCAUCACCGAACAUUUUUAAAACCCAAACAACUAGAAGGACUUCCCCCUGGAACAAAAGUUACUAUUCGAGCUUCAGUUGCACCUCUUCAAUCAGGUUCUUCAGUUACACCUUCUAUCAGUGCAAGCACUUCUACCCUCCAGCUCUCACCUCCAAGGACUGAAAAUAUAACUGCUAAAAAUCAUGAGAAGUUGAAUACAAGUACACCAAAUGCAACCAUAUCUGAUCCCAGUAAAGCUAAUGAGGUCAAGUCUAAUGGGAGUAAAUCUAAAAACAGGUCAAAAGUCGCCAGCAUGCAGAAGAAACAAAGCACAUUGUCUAAUAGUAAUAAAAAAAGUAAAGUAAACACAGCACUAAGGAACAUAAGGUUACGUCGGGGUGUUCACGAGUGUAUUGAGUGUUCUUCUGAAGUAAAAGAUUUUGCAAACCAUUUUCCUACAUAUGUUCACUGCAGUUUUUGCAGAUAUAAUACUAGCUGUAGCAAAGCCUAUGUAAAUCAUAUGAUGAGCUUUCAUAGUAACCGUCCAAGUAAAAGAUAUUGUAUAUUUAAGAAGCAUUCAGAAAAUCUCAGGGGCAUUUCUCUAGUGUGCCUUAAUUGUGAUUUCCUAACUGAUGUUUCUGGCUUAGAUAAUAUGGCUACACACUUAAGUCAGCAUGAAACUCAUACGUGCCAAGUUCUAGUAGAGAAAGUUUCUGUUUGUAUCCCAACUUCUGAACGUCUUUCUGAAUUAAAAACUGAAGCUCCCACUAAGGGACAAGAAUCUGUGUCUAAGGGAACAGCAAGACAUAGUACAGCUGAAGAAGAACCAGGAGCAUCACAUUCUGAAAGUAAGCAGGAUAAAGCUCCUUCAUCAGAAGAAGGCACUGGGCGUGAUGCAAGUGUAUGUGAAGCUGCAGCAGCAGCAAACCAUGAAAGAAAUGUAACAGUUCCAGAUACAGAAAAUGUAAGCAGCUCAAAGAACAUCUUGAGUCACGAUCCAGAUGUUGGAACAAAUAAUACGAAAAAGGAAGAACAAACACAUCAUACCUGUCAGGAAAUGGAGCUGAAGAUGGACCAAAGUUUAGGAAUCACAGAUUCAUGUGAUCAGAGUAAAGAGCACAAUCCCACUGAAUCUGAGUUGUCUUCAGAGACUAGUCAGGAUUUGCAGUUAACAUCAAGGGGUGUUGGCAUUGAUCAGUCUCUAAGGCAUGGAGAUGAAUCUGAACCUGUGAGUUCUGGUGCCAGUGAGCAAGGCGACAUGCUUUUGGAGCCUUUGAUGCCAUCAGAAGUACUUGCAUGUGAAGCCACAGAGAUCCCCCAUCAUGGUGAUGAUUCUUCAGCCAACACCAAUGACACAAUAUCUGAUCAAACAGCAGUCCUGGAGGAAGUCGCCCUUGUAGAGCAGAGACAGCAGUAGAGCUGGCAGAUGAAAAGGAAAGAAGCUGAAGUUUCAUUCCCAGCAGAAAGCACUUAGAACAGUAAGUACCGUCUGGUGAGCGCAGGAGUGCCAUGGUAGAGGUCAGCAGUGGAGAUCUGAGGGAGGUCCUUCAUACACUUCACCUGGAUGUUCAGUCUUAUUAAAUCAGUUUACCAAUAAUAGCACGGUUAGUAUGAAUUUCCACAUUUUUAAAAACCUGAAUAGAACUUUAGUGAAAACUAAGUUUGUCAUCCAAAGGUCUCUUAGCACUUUUUGAUGAAAUCUUGUUUACCAAUAUGAAAUUAUUAUAAGAUUAAUAGCUAUGUUCAUCAGACUUUGCAAACUUUAAUUAGUACUAAACUUAAAAGUCCUCAUCACCUGAAUAUUCCUUUUAGUAAACUUAAAGGAAGAGAUUUGAAACCAUGCAUUUUUUGAAAAUACCUUUGAACUGUCAGUCAAUUGUUACUGUUAAUGAAGGCUUUGUUUUUAAUAUGAUCCUGGUAAUAAAGCAUGCUUAGAGUGCUAAAUUGGCCUGUUGAGAACUUGGAUGAAUAUAAAAAUUAAGUUUGGAUUUAAUAUAACAUUCCAAUCUGUCAGAAGCAUGCAAAAAGAAUUUUAGAAUCUGUGCACCUCCACACAAGUGUUAGCCUGCCAGGCUAGGCUGUCCGCUUACCUUUAUUAAACUUUCAGUGAAAGUGAAAUUAUGAAAAUAUAAGUUUAUAUUUGUGCUUUUAGUCAGUGUAUAAGCUGUGCAGAACCCCACCCCAGCCCCCAUGGACUAGUUGUAUAAAGUAGAAAUCUGUUAUUGAAACUCUUUAAAUAGCUACUAUGCUUUUAAUAUUGUUUCAAUGAUUUUUAGCAGUAGACCCAUAAAAAUGGUCUGGACACCAAACCAAAGUAUGGUAGAUUGUAGGCAAAAAGAAUUGACCUAAAAACAUGCGGCCGCGUGUACUCAACUAUGUUAAAGGACUUCCUUAAUUGUAAAAGUAGAAACUUAAAAUGGGACCCUAAAACAUGUUUUUUUUUUAAAGGUUAGCUUAAUUUAUCCAUAAGUCAGCUACUAAGUUCAUUUUUUAGAUUAUAGAAAUAAAUAUAACAAACAAUAAUUUGCUUUUAAGUACUAAUAAAAUUUUAUUUUAAAUGCUGCAUUUUUAAUUCUUAAAAUGUACUUUGAAUUCUUAAACUGUUUAAUUGAAUGUUAAAUGUUUUCAAGGCCUGUUAAAAUUCUGUUGUAUAUAGUAGUUUUUGAGCAAAUAUUUGCAAUAAAAACCUGCCUUUGUAUAAUUUUAUAUUCCGAUUCCUGCUUGGUUAGCCUGUCUUUUGUGCUGUCAUGCGCAUUGUAAGCAGUAGGUUUUGUACAAUAAGUUCCGUUUUGUGUGCUUCACUGACCUACUGAGAAUUGAAAAUACAAGGACACACUGCUAAUACGUACAGGGAGGACUUCUUUCACAUCAAGAGAAACGUUUAUUGUACGUUUAUUUUCCUCAUCAAUUUAAAGAAGUUGAAUAUGAAAAAUAGAUCAUUGUUUUCUUGAAUAUUUAAAGAGAGCUGGUUUUUUCAUUCUUCCUGUUUCCAAGACAAGUUGUAACACAAAACUACCACAGGAAACUAUUUUGCAAUAUUAUAAACCUUUCAAGCCUGGACAUACAAAAAAAGUUUACCUAUGUGAGGACCACUUUUUUGGUUUUUCAAGACAGGGUUUCUCUGUGUAGCCCUGGCUGUCCUGGAACUCACUCUGUAGACCAGGCUGGCCUUGAACUCAGGAAUCCACCUGCCUCUGCCUCCCAAGUGCUGGGAUUAAAGGCAUACACCACCACUGCCCGGCUAAAUAGCAAUUUCUUGUCAAGCCUGUUUUCCUGUGCUAUAAAUUAUGUACAAAACCCUUAGAUUAAAGUAAGUCUCCAAAGUAUCUAA